ACAGUACAUAAUCAGAUGAGUCCUUUCUUAUCCCUCUCAGUUCGACAGAUCAAAUAGUUACAAUUUCGAGAAGCCGAACAAAGGCGUCUCAGAUUGUUAAGUUAAACCAUGAGAAUCUUGUUAUCCAAAAGGGCAAUCAGAACCUUGACCCCACGUUUUCAAAGACUCUGGUCAACCCACUCUUCCUUCUCAACCUCAGGUUCCGGCGGAUUUUCCGACGAUCCCAAGCCGGAAUCAUGGAAGACGAUGGAGGGCCUUCUCCGAUCCCCCGCCAAUUUCUCUCCUUUAUCUCCGAUCACGUUCUUGGAAAGAUCCGCCAAAGCUUACAGAGACCGAACCAGUGUUGUGUUUGGUUCCGUCGAGCACACUUGGCUCAAAACUUACCACCGUUGUCUCCGUCUUGCAUCUGCGCUUACUCACCUAGGAAUCUCUCCCGGCGACGUGGUUGCAGUUUUGGCGCCGAAUGUUCCAGCGAUGCACGAGCUUCACUUCGCUGUUCCGAUGGCUGAUUUGAUUCUCUGUCCGCUCAACACUCGACUCGAUACUUCUACGUUGUCUGUUUUGCUCCAACACUCUGAGGCGAAGAUCCUCUUCGUUGAUCACCACUUACUCGAGGUUGCUCAUGGAGCUCUUGCUAAAUCAGACAGAACAAGAAAAACACCAAAGCUUGUCUUGAUCUCUCAGUCUAAUGACGAUGACGACGAGGAUAGAUCAUCGAGCUUUGAUUCUAACUACUCUUUCGAUUACCAUUACGAAGAUCUGGUUAAAUCCGGAGACAGCGAGUUCGAGGUGAUCAAACCGAGAAACGAAUGGGAUCCGAUCAGUAUAAACUACACUUCGGGGACAACCUCUAGACCUAAAGGUGUAGUGUGGUCUCACAGAGGAGCUUAUCUCAACUCUCUCGCUACGGUUUUUCUUCACCAGAUGUCUGUCUCUCCUGUCUACUUAUGGACGGUACCGAUGUUUCACUGCAACGGGUGGUGUCUCAUUUGGGGAGUAGCGGCUCAAGGCGGUACAAAUAUCUGCCUUAGAAAAGUCUCUCCUAAGCUGAUCUUUAAGAGCAUUGCCACACACAAAGUUACACACAUGGGAGGAGCCCCAACGGUGCUGAACAUGAUUGUCAGCUCUCCUGCGGGGGAGCGUAAACCGCUCCCUCACAGGGUCGAGAUCAUGACCGGCGGAUCCCCUCCUAUGCCAAAGAUAUUGGCUAAGAUGGAAGAGUUGGGAUUCAAUGUGUCUCAUCUUUACGGCUUGACGGAGACAUACGGUCCAGGGACACACUGCGUGUGGAAGCCUGAAUGGGAUUCGCUUUCGUUGGAAGAGAGAGCUAAGUUAAAGUCUAGACAAGGAGUGCAGCAUUUGGGUUUAGAAGGGCUCGAAGUGAAAGAUCCGGUGACAAUGGAGACUGUACCUAGUGAUGGUGUCACCAUGGGUGAGGUAAUGUUUCGAGGAAACACAGUGAUGAGUGGAUACUUCAAGGACUUAGAGGCAACGCGAAAAGCUUUCGAGGGAGGUUGGUUCCACAGUGGUGACCUCGCUGUUAAGCAUCCGGACGGGUACAUAGAGGUAAAAGAUCGGUUAAAAGAUGUGAUCAUAUCCGGAGGAGAAAACAUAAGCACGGUGGAAGUCGAGAGAGUUUUGUGUAGUCACAAGGCUGUUUUUGAAGCUGCUAUUGUGGCGCGUCCGGAUAAUCACUGGGGACAGACUCCUUGCGGGUUCGUUAAGCUUAAAGAGGGGUUUGAUUGUGUUAAACCCGAGGAGAUUAUUGAGUUUUGUAGAGAUCAUUUGCCUCAUUACAUGGCUCCAAAGACUAUUGUGUUCGGGGACUUACCUAAAACAUCAACAGGGAAAGUACAGAAGUAUCUACUUAGGAAGAGAGCUGAUGAAAUGGGAAGCUUGUAAUGUACGUCAUAAAAAAAACAUAAAAGCUUUGUUUCAUCUCUGGUAUA